ACCCCAAAUUGCCCCCUUUCCUCUUUCCCAGUUUCUUCUCCUCAUAAAUGAAUGUGUGUGUAUAUAGCCCCCCAGAAACCCUAAUUCACCAUUAUAGAUCUCUCAUCCCUUUAGUCCAAUUAUAAUGGCCAGCGCUGCCAAACGCCCCGCUCUCUCUGGAUCCUUCUCCGGCUCCGGCCACGGUCUUGAUUAUCAUACACCACCACCAACCGAGAAACGUCUCCGACCCACCACUAGAUUCGUUUCUGACGUCUUCGAAGCUUGGAAGCAAAAUCAGCUGGAGAAGCUUUGCUCAGCCAUGGAGCCCGUGAUCCGAAAAGUGGUGGGUGAAGAGGUGAAGCGCAGGCUAGACCUCAGUACCAUCACGGCCAGCCGCCACCUGAGCUGGUCUCCGUCGCUCCAAGUCCACGCCCGUGCACCAGAGCCACCUUCGGUCAAUAUCCCUCUCCUCCUUGUCUUCCCUAAAACUCUCAAACAGCCAAUCUUCACCAUGAACCGCAUCAUCUCUCACGAUGAUUCCCCGGUCCAAGUCCUCCUUGCCAACCCAACAGUUGACCAGACCGUCAACACCACCGCCAUUCCACUCAGCGCCCUCCCGUUUCCGGUGAAGCUCGAGAUCCUGGUCCUUGAUGGAGAUUUUCCAGAUGGUGAUGGUAUGUGGACGGCGGAGGAGUUUGAGAACAGUAUCGUCAAGGCAAGGGAGGGGAGGCGGCCGCUGCUAGUUGGAGACUUGGCUGUCACCCUCCGACCGGGUGAUGGCAGCUGUGGGGACCUGGCGGUGAUCUCCUUUGGUGAGCUCCAGCUCACAGACAAUUCGAGUUGGGUCCGGAGCCGGAAGUUCAGGCUGGGUGUUCGAGUCAUCCCGGGAAGCUAUGGCGGCACCAUCAGAAUCCGCGAAGCCGUGACUGAAGCCUUCCUCGUUCGAGACCAUCGUGGAGAAUCUUACAAGAAGCAUUACCCACCGAAAUUAGAAGAUGAAGUGUGGAGGCUUGAGAAAAUCGGAAAAGGAGGAAUUCUUCACAUAAACUUGGUCUCUGCUGGUGUCCAAACCGUGCGGGACUUCUUGAAGAUGUCCGUUGUCUAUCCUCAACUUCUCCAAAGCAAGAUGGGCUCCAAGAGAAAUUGGAAGGCAAGUUUGAAGCACGCCGGGACAUGUGAGGUUGGGCAGAAGCGCUAUAUCUUCCAGGCGUUCGGUAAUUCAGUAAUCUUGGAUCCUAUAUGCCGUGUUGUGAGCGCUCACAUUAAUGGGCAGGCGUGCAUUGACGAAUUGGUGAAAACUGCCUACUUGAACUGGGACAAGGUGAAAGAAAUCGAUGAAUAUCAAUAUGAACACUGAGGCUCAUGAAUCACGAGUAGUUAUUCUGGUACAAAGUCAAGAUUCGACGCACUACUGGCAAGUUGGCAACAUAUAUUAUAUAUGGUCGAACCCAUAUAUAAUACAUCUAUGUAGUCUGUCUGUGGGUCAUUUAAUUUACGGGGAAAUACAUUAUAUAUAUACAUACAUAUACAACAACACGUAUAUGUACGUACGUGUUAUAUAUAGUCCUCGGUAUAUAGAUGUUGUAUAAGUGGGUCUACGAAGUUGUCACCCUGCGGGGAAGAAAUAUGCCACUUUUCCUCUCUUUAAAUUACGUGGAAAUCAAUGUUCUACUUGUAUAGUAUAUUGCUUCCAUGGGAAUACUUAUAUAUAUAAUAUACUAUUUAUAUAGAUACUGCCGG